UUCAAAGGCCUUCUUGAGCUCCAGCGCUGCAGCGCACAACUCCUGUACCAAGCUAGCGCAGACCGCGAGGCAUUCCAUCGUAACGACUAGCGCCACGGCCGAUCAUGUGGGGACUGAGGAGCAACCAUGCCGCUUUGCGGGUCGGAGAAGCUUACCGUCGAAGACUGCGUAGGCUGCCAGCCGAAUUGCAUCGCGCGUCCCGCCGCUCCGCAUUCCCAGUCCGCCUUGCUCGACUGGAAUGGCCCUGUGGCACUGGUUUUUGGUGGGCUUGCUUGGGACGGCGACAUUCAGGCGCAGCUACACCGUUCUCUAGACCACCGCCAUCGAUCACAAAUUUCAAAUCACCGCACACGACACGCCCGACUUCAGCUGGCUUGCAAUUUCGAGCGCGUACCCCUGCCCAUGCCGAUCGAGACGCCCCAGGGCAGCUACAAGCGCAGCCCGGACGCCCUGGCUCUCAGGUUGCCACCGUGUCGAAGCGCUCACGGGCAAAGCAUGCUCUUAAGAGCAAUUUUGCCUCGCCGCCCACCCAGCUAUUUUCACCGACAGGAUCACACCAGUGAUCGUCAUGCGGCAACAAUUUAUUGCGCCUCUGAGACCGAGACCUUUCGUGCUCGAUGAUCUUGCCGACGUCGAUAGCAUAUGCCUCACCACCAACAAUCGGCCGGUCAUCUCCACAAGAUCGGCGCGAAGCGAAACAAAUCUCGGUGCGACGCGUGGAGCGUAAUGAGUGUAACGAAUGGCCCUCAUUCUCUCAAGCUGUCUCGCCCUGCAUCACGA